UUAUUGUAUUCCUCCGCGGCAGCCCACAGUCACAAAAACACUCGGCUGCGUGUUGAAGUGUCCCGCUUUGGCUUCAGACAUCACCGCUCGCCAGCGACGUUUAAUUCCGGUGCAGCUUUCGACACUGAGCUGCGAUGAAGUUCCAGUAUAAAGAGGAGCAUCCGUUUGAGAAGAGGCGAUCAGAGGGAGAGAAAAUCAGGAAGAAAUACCCGGACAGGGUUCCUGUUAUUGUUGAAAAAGCUCCCAAAGCCAGAAUAGGAGACCUGGAUAAGAAAAAAUAUCUGGUCCCCUCGGAUCUCACAGUCGGCCAGUUCUAUUUUCUCAUCCGGAAACGAAUCCACCUAAGGGCUGAAGAUGCUCUGUUCUUCUUCGUAAACAACGUAAUUCCUCCUACCUCCGCAACUAUGGGCCUGUUAUACCAGGAGCAUCAUGAAGAGGAUUUUUUCCUCUACAUUGCCUACAGUGAUGAAAGUGUGUAUGGAGAAUAGAACCAAAGGGGAAAAAAAAAAUAACUUCCCACCUCCUUGUCCUUCCUUUUACAAAAGUAUAUGAGCCCAUAUUGGCAGCCUAGAGUUCAGAGCUUCUGACAUCAAAUGCACUUUUACUUUUUUCUUUAUUAUCAUUAAUGUUUUUCCUUUGUUCCGGAGUUUGCUGUAGCUUUUGGUUUUUAGUACAUGAAGGUCCCCCCCCCCCCUUCCUCCCUUCCCUCUCUCCCUCAAUAUUUGUUUCAUAACUGGACCCAAGCUGAUGCUGAUUAUUAUUAUUUUUUCUUCCCCUACCACUUGGCAGCAGUAGAUGAUCGUAUGGAGCUUAAAUGAUAAAAUUAGUUUGCCUAGAUUUUGAAAUUGACCUUUGUUUUACUCAAAUUAGGGAAUUGUUCUCCCAGAGUUUAGAAUAUAUAUUUUCUGGGGCAUUGCACGUUUGAGUGCUGCUGACGAACCAUUUGUAAAAACCAAACUCAAAGCAAAUUGUCUCUUUCUCCAAUGAUAUUGCAAAAUAUUCUUUCAAUUUUAGUAUUUAAUGAGUUGUUGUACCUGGAUAAUUCUAGGUAAUUUGAUUUGAGAUUAUAGAUCUUAGCUGAUUUAUUUGGCAGUUUUCUUCUUUUUUUUUUUUUGAACUCGGUAUUCAGCUGCAUUUCUGAUACCCUUAACUUGAGGUGACAAGAUAAACUAAAUAUAAAUGA